GAUAACAGUAAUAGCGUAAAUUAGCUAAUUACAAUUUACUGAAUAUUUAUUAUCCAUCCAAAACGAAAGGGAUACCUGUUAAAAACCUACGUGUUAUUUCAUUCUAAGCUUGUACUAGCCACCUAUAUAUAUUUGAACAAAUUAUCGUCACCAGCUCAUAAACGCUGCGAAAAGUUCGUGCACAAUGUAUAUCAUUUACAAGUCGCUCGUUAUAAUUCUAUGCCAGCAAGUUUUAACGCAAAAUCUGUCGCAAGUGGAACAUUUGAAAAAAUUAAUCCAAGAUGGGAUAAGCAACUCGAUGACAUUCGAAUUGCCAACAGACGCUAGGGAAUUCGAAGCGCCUGUACACCCGAUUAAAGAUUUUGGCGCGCACGACUUCGUGAUAAUUGGCGGCGGUACCGCCGGGUCAGUACUAGCCAGCAGGCUCACCGAAAAUAAGCAUUUCAACGUGUUAGUUUUGGAGGCCGGCAAUUUUAGCAACGACGGCUUCGAGCAAUUCGUCAACUACUUUCCUUUCCAAGCUAAUUCGCCGCUCAAUUGGGGCUAUAAGAGCGUACCGCAAAAAUACGCGUGCCACGCUUUCGAAAACAACUCGUGCUUCGUGUCGCAAGGCAAAGGCGUAGGCGGCAGCACUUUAAUAAACGCGGCCUUGUACAGCAGAGGUCACCCCAAAAACUACGACGAUUGGGCCAAAAUCACUCGCGAUCCCUCCUGGCGGUACCAAAGAAUCCUCAAAUACUUCCUUAAAGCUGAAGACUUCCACUGGACCGAUACAGCAGCCGUUGUAGACAUGAAAUAUCACGGGAGAGGCGGUUUGUUGCACGUCGAACACAACCUGCCGGAUUUCUACAUAACCCAGUCCUUUAUGGAGGCUUGCUCGGAAUUCGGCUACAACCAAACAGAUUACAAUAGUCCUCGUGUAGUAGGUACUUCGAUUCAUCAGAAAUACACUAAACGUACUAAAAGAAACGAUUUCGGUACAGCGUUCGUAAAACCGUUUCUAAACAGGCCCAACUUAAAAGUACUAACCAACGCUUUUGUAACCAAAAUCGAAAUCGACAAAAAAACGAAGCAAGCCAACAGCGUAUUAUUCACACACAACGGCUUCACUUACAGAACAACAGCUAAGAAAGAAGUACUACUAUCAGCCGGCAGCGUGAAAUCCCCGCAGAUAUUAAUGCUAUCCGGAAUCGGUCCUAAAGAGCAUUUAAAUCGUCUCGGCAUCGACUUGAUACAAAAUUUAGAAGUAGGCAGCGCUUUACGCGACCAUUGCUACGUUCUCUUGAGGGUACCCACGAACAUCACGGUACCGCAAGAAAGCCUCGACGAGCAAGUAAGGAACUACAUGGAUAACAAAGGCUCCAAGUCGGAUACGCACGGCAUAGCCUUCUUGAAUUUGAACCAACCCAAAGGAUCGGUGCCGAACUUGGAACUGUUCAAAUACGUCGCCCGGCCGACCGACGAGGAAAUGAAGCUGAUGCGCUACAAAGAGGACGUUUAUAGAACUCUAUGGGCGAAUAACGGAACCCACUUCCAAUUUUAUUUGAUCAAUUUGGACGUUAAAUCCACCGGUACGGUGAGAUUGCGAGACAACAGCCCCUACUCCUACCCGCUGGUAGACUUGGGGUUCCUAAGCGACGAGAAGAACGAAGAUCGGGAAUUUAUGUACGAAAGCAUACAGUUUCUUUUGAAGCUAAUCGAAACCGAACCGUACAAGAAACUCGGCGUUGGGGAAAUACCCGGGCCGUUGAAGCCCUGCGAGCAUCUGCGAUUUAAAUCCAAAGAGUACUGGUACUGUUACAUUCGGUAUGCGACCGAUGAGUUCUACCAUCCGAUGGGGACUUGUCCUAUGGGGGUUGCUGGAGAACCGGGGGCGGUGGUGAACAGCAAAUUGGAAGUCUUCGGCGUUGGGAAACUGAGAGUGGUGGAUUCGAGUGUUAUGCCUAAAAGAAUCAGCGGCCAUACUAGCGCAUCGGUCGGGAUGAUUGCAGAAAAAAUUUCAGAUGUAAUUAAAUCGAAAUAUUUUUUUUGUAGGUUUUUAAAUAAAUCUAAAAAUUAGGCGAACAUACGAACAUUGAUUUUC